GAUGGACAAACGUGCGGGCACUAAGACCGCAAGGCAUUCAUUUCCUCCUACGGUGGAUGCGGACGCUGGGAGGAGAGCCCCUGAGCUAGGAGCUGGGAGCAGAGACGCAGAGAACACGUAGCGACUCCGAAGAUCAGCCCCAAUGAACAUGUCAGUGUUGACUCUACAAGAAUAUGAAUUCGAAAAGCAGUUCAACGAGAACGAAGCCAUCCAAUGGAUGCAGGAAAACUGGAAGAAGUCUUUCCUGUUUUCUGCGCUGUACGCUGCCUUUAUAUUUGGUGGUCGGCAUCUGAUGAACAAGCGAGCCAAGUUUGAACUGCGGAAGCCGCUCGUGCUCUGGUCGCUGACUCUUGCCGUCUUCAGUAUAUUCGGUGCUCUUCGAACUGGUGCUUACAUGCUGUACAUUUUGAUGACCAAAGGCCUGAAGCAGUCAGUUUGUGACCAGAGUUUUUACAAUGGACCUGUCAGCAAAUUCUGGGCUUAUGCAUUUGUGCUCAGCAAAGCACCCGAACUAGGUGAUACGAUAUUCAUCAUUCUGAGGAAGCAGAAGUUGAUCUUCCUGCACUGGUACCACCACAUCACUGUGCUUCUGUACUCUUGGUACUCCUACAAAGACAUGGUCGCUGGGGGUGGUUGGUUCAUGACUAUGAACUAUGGCGUGCAUGCCGUCAUGUACUCUUACUACGCCUUGCGAGCGGCGGGUUUCCGCGUCUCCCGGAAGUUUGCCAUGUUCAUCACCUUGUCCCAGAUCACUCAGAUGCUGAUGGGCUGUGUCAUCAACUACCUGGUCUUCAACUGGAUGCAGCAUGACAACGACCAGUGCUACUCCCACUUUCAGAACAUCUUCUGGUCCUCGCUCAUGUACCUCAGCUACCUUGUGCUCUUCUGCCAUUUCUUCUUUGAGGCCUAUAUCGGCAAAGUGAAGAAAGCGACGAAGGCUGAGUAGUGUCGGAACUGAGGAGGAAGACAUAGCUCAGGGUCAUCACGAAAAAAUAAUAGACAAAAGAAAAUGGCACAAGGAAUCACAUAUGGUGCAGCUAAAACAAAACAAAACAUACGUAUGAGCAGACGCUAAGCCCCAAGGCAGCUUGGGAGUGAAGAUUAGGUUGUAAGUUUAUGAUCCUUUUCCGGGUGAGGACUCACUGAGCGCAACUCCAUCUCAAAGCACUGCUGCUGAGGGGACCCCUUCCCUCUGGCCUGUCAGUUCUAGAACACACUAGAUGCAAAGACAGCCAGAGAUUGGGCAGAGAGAUUAGUGAAUGACGGCCAGCAAAACACUGCAGGAAGUGGGUGGGGGGAGGAAUCUAUUCAGAGUCUUUUUGUUGUUGUUUUGUUUUGUUUUGUUUUUCUCUAAGGAUAAAGGAGUUUCCCCCUUUCAAACUAUGUGAGUACACACACACACACACACACACACACACACACACACACACACACACACAAUCUUUUCAACAUGAAACCAGAGCUGAAAGAAAAGAUAAACAUGGGAGAGACAGGGUUUAUAUCUAGGACAGCAAUGCUUUUGCAAAAGGCUAGGCCUUUUAAAGAAAGGUUAGCUUGUAACUCCUUGACAAAAGAUGUCUUAAUUAUUUUUACUGCAACUGAAAGUUAAAAAGGUAGAUACUUUCCCCUUCUCUGCACAGCCUCAGGGCUUGUAUGUUUGCUACAACCAAACAGAGGACAAUACUUCCCCAUGAUACUUUAUUACUGGGAGAAAGAAACCCCCCUGUAGUUGAAGCACCACACUGACAACUGUUAUUUCUGCUCUUCGAUGAGAAUUCAAGCAUCUGUUGUUCAGUUGCCCCAAACUUUAGGACAGAGGAGUAAAUGCAGAAUUGAAAAAAAAAAAAAAAAAAAAAAGAAGCUCAACUGGUUGGCUUGAAAAUGGAAUCUUGUACCAUCUGUAACAGAACCCAGCCCAUCGUUCCUGGAGCUGGACAGGGAGGAAGGGCUACGGGAAGAGACUAGAGCUGAAGAUUCAUCGAGUGCACAGACAGCGUGUUCGCCUCCCUCCCUUUCGACUUCACACAUAAUCCUGGCUUUCUAAGUGAGGCCCUGUGACACAGUCUGUGCUUUCUAUAUUUUUGUGACUUUCAAAAACAGAUCUGCAGGGCUCUGCCUGAUUUGGGGUAAACACUGUGUUUCUGCAGCCUCUGCAUUUGCUCCCUUAAGCAGUGCAGAGGCAUAAGAAGUGCCCUCUGCUGGCUCAGUGAGGAGCUUCAACAAACACUUCAUUGUAGGUUGAAAUAGCUGACCACAAAGGGCCUGCGUAGAUUAAACCCUAAGUUCUAAGUGCUGUCAAACACCUGACAUAUAUUUGACCAAAUCAGAAGAAAGAACCUCUAUGCUUCAAGUAAGCGUCAUAAAUCUUUAAGGUGACUUUCACUUGAGAACUCAGAAAGUCAAUGUAUUAAGAGCCAUAUUCUGAAAGAAAGAAAAGAAAGAAAGAAAGAGAAAGAACGAAAGAAAGAGCUAGACAAUGUUAUCUGUAAUAUUUCAGUCCUCUACAAGCCAAAUAAAUGUGUCGAUGUUCCUAAUAUUUCAAAGACGCAAUUACAUAAAGUUGUUCAAUGUGAUAUAAUAGUAUUCUAAUUGGUUAAGUAGUUUAAUGAUUAGGCAAACUAGCAGAAACAAUUAGAGGCUACUACACUGCGUAGAUUUUACACACAUAGCCACGUACGCACAGAAGCGUGAGGUACAGGGAGCUGUAAAGCUCAAAUCAAUAGUAACACAAUUUUUGGCUAGCAGAAACUAUCACCUAUCUUCCUUUACUUGAGAGUGUACAGUAAAAGGGAUUUUUUUUUCAAAUUAUUUUUAUAUUAUUUUAGCUUUAAUUGUGCUGUCAUUCAUGAAACAGCUGUUCAGCCUUCUGUGAGAGAUGACAUGGGUGUUUUCGUGUGGCUUGUUUAACGUGUGGAAUUGGAAACGAAUAAAAUCUGAUUCCCUUCUGUGGGAAUGGGAUCGAGGGUGGACAAAGGUUCCAUGCAGAUCAAGUCAUAACUGAAAGACCAGGGGAGAGAGAGCCAGGCGGGGGCUGGAGUCAGCGGUGACAUUCAUGUUAACCAUUGUGUGGUGGCUGAUGGACAGGACAUGGUUGGAGGGAUGUUUUCUUACUGGGGUAGAAGUAACCCCAUCUUAACUGGAGAUGAAGGUCUAGAAGCCACUCUGUCCAGUGGAGUCUUAGGAUGUACUUGUUCUUUCGAGCUUUGUAAAUGCACAAUAGUGUACAAUAAUAAGCCUUUCCCUUGCCUUAUAGAAGAAAGUGAGCAAAAUAGUGAAAACCAAGAAGCCACCUAUCAGUUGACUUGAUUCUAAUCAAAAGGCCAGCCUGGGGCUCCUCUGGUCGUUUCCGUUUAAUUCAGAUAUUUAUCAUAGAAUACAGGUUACGAUAUGGAAAUCUCAUAAGCAUAAACUUUAAAACGACUAAGCUAUGCUCCCAAAGCACUUUAGUCUCAGUGUUCUUUGCUUCAUGCACUUGUAAAAUAACUUAGACUUCUCAUUCGCAGGAUGAGUAUAUAAUAAUUAGUUUCAAAACCAGCUAAACUGUAGCUUCAGGCAAUUCCAGUGUUCACCAUGGGAAGAAAAAGCCACAUGUUUUUUUUAAAACACAGAAUUCUGAUAUAGGCUCAGCACACAGUUUUUAACAUAUCAGCUUAGCUGCUCUGAUUAUAUCAAGAUACGAGGCUGGACCACUGGCCUAUGACACAUCUAAAACCUGCCAGAAUUGACUGCCACAUAGAUAAUACUGCUGUCAGUGAACAUUCCGGGCAAGCAAGUUUUUGUAGCUGCCCCACUAUGCUGCAAUAGAUUAUCUUUCUAUUGAAGAUUUCUCGCUGCAUUCCAAUCCCAGUGUGGUGAAAACUUAAUUCCUGGAUUGAAUGAACACAGAUCGGGGAUGUCAUAUAAACGCAGUUGCGGUCACUAGGUCUGAGCAUCAAUUCAAAUGUGUUGAGUUUGCAAUGAAAUUCUAGUGAGAAGCACUCCAUCCACACAGUAGGAGAUUUUUAUCUGGGCCUUCUAGUGUCACUUGUGAGAAAAAUAACAGCUAUCACCAUUAUUAUUAUUUAUUUAUUGUAUUUAUAUCCAAUGCCAGGCCAAAGUAUUGAUUUAAAUCAAGCAGUGCCCUUUCCCCCCUCCCAUCUUUCUAAUCCUUCUGCACUAUAGAAAGUGAGACUGGAGGGGAAAUAACAUGCAUUGCUGCAGGGGAAAGCAGGUGCAUUAGUCCUCCAGCUGUCUUUAUAAGAUGAGACCGAUUGACCCACUGUAACUCAAGCAGAAGUUUCAUGUGGGUGGGAUAUCUACAGGAGCCUAGGAAAACACUUCCAGAGAAGAUAAACAGAUUAUUUGUUGUUUUUGUUUGUUUGUUUGUUUGUUUGUUUUAUAUCUUCAUGGUAAGAUAAGCCUGUCACGGGGUUACAAAGCACCAUUACACUAAGGUAGAGUGCUCCAGAAAUCUGGCUGUCUUCUCGGGCUGCUCAUUUACCUGGGAGUGUCUGCUUACUAUCUUGUUCUGACAGGACGAGCUUUUGCUCAGGAACUGCCAGAUACAGACACCAAGUCCGCCCUGGCACACGCUGAUGACAACCUUCUCCAGGCGUACGGAAUGAAUGGGUCUUUGACUCUUGGAUUACCUCAGGGUGAAGUGAGUUCCUAGGAGAAGGGAGACCGAGUAGGCGCCACCCCCGGACUCUACCACGCUUUGAGUUGCAUUGGCAAGGAUCGGUGUCUAGACACAGUUCCUUGUGAAGUGUCAAUGCUGGAGACAGUUGCGAGAAGAUCAUGAUGACAGCCCAGAGCUUUCUAGCCUUCACAUGCAUCCUUUUCCAGUCUUUGUUUUGAUAGAUAACAGAUACUUUGCUAUCAGUUUGGGACAACAGUAGAGUCUGUGGUCAUAUGAUCUACAGCUUAAGAUUAUUCUGUCCCUGUUCUUAUAGACAGCUCCCAUUUCCUGGUGCCUGAGAUCCCCUGCCAUCAGAAAGUGAUUUGGAUGAGAAUUCACAACAUGUAUGUCACCUCUGCAUAUUGAAGUGACAUCUAAGAAAGUAAGGACGUCCUAUUUUGUCUGAACCCACCGUAGGAAGCUCUGCAUCCUAGUUGGUCAUUGGGCCACCAUUCUCUGUACUGGAUAGUGACACAAAACAGAUGUCGGUGCCUGUACAAGAAUUCUCAGUGCCUGUUGUGACAGACUGUGCUUAGAAACACGCGUGAGCCAUAAAGCAGGAACCACUGGUGAAAGGACCAGUUAUUCCCAGUAUCAGUUAAAGUCCACCUACUCCGAGUAUCAUAGAAAACCCCAAAGCCUGUUGUAUUGCCCUCAUCCCGAGAUACUUUGAAAGCUAGGAUUCUCGGAGCAUGGAUACCCACGCUUCCAUCUUCCCACAAACAUUUCCUAGAGUUGUUCUGGUGGGUGCAAAGCCUAGCGUGUUCUGGGUGGUUGGUUGAGGGAAUCUUGGAAGCUGUACUUUGAUUGCAGGUCAGAAAAAGCCAAAUCCAGAUAUUUCUGUGUCGCUCACCAGUUGUCCACGCCCACCCACAAAAAAAAUUGUAUUAUAGUCAAGUUGUCCUAGCUGAUUGGUCCCUCAGAUAAUGAUGCAACCACGUUUGCAACCCAGUUAGGACACAUUAGAAAGAGUCUGACUCACUGGCAUCUAAAUAUUAUUUACCCAAUGCUUGGUGGCACUUCUUUGUUCUCCUGGUUGAUGCAGAUCAAGGUGUUGCCUGGUGGUGCCGCCUCCUAGUGUGAAUGUGUUAAUCAGUUAAGUGUGGGUCUGACCAUGACCGGGCUGGGCUUAGCUCACUGCUCCUCGGAAAAUGACUGGCAUUCUGCUUCCUAGGCCCUAAACCCAUAUUCAGAGGGAGAAUUCACUGUCAAGCCUCACAGCGAAAUCACAGCAGUGUUGGAAUUCUUAUUUUCAAGUGCUUAUCUCACAACAUUGAAAAAUAUUUUUGGUGUAUUAAGAUUUAAAAUAAAGUCAUCAUAACUUUUGAUUUAAAA